UUUACUCUCGUUAGAGUGUUCAAGGAAUGCUUCUUUGGGACUCAACCCGUCGGGAAGUUUUUGUCAGUGGAGCUGAGCCCUAUGCCGCCUGCUUUACAAUCUCUCAACAACGUGUGCCCCUCCUCCCCCAGGGUCUGGGGGAAUUCUUUGGAGAGAAAAUCAGGAAAUUACUUAUCAUUCGGAACCAGUGGAGAGUUAUGAGUGCCUGCCUGAUGACAUGAAGGGCUUUUGAACCAAAGCGUCACAUCUGCACGCACUAUAAUUCAAAGGCUUCAGAAACUGAAAAGUCUUGGGAGCCAUAGCCAAAGAUGUUUGUCUUGCUCUAUGUUACAAGUUUUGUCAUCUGGGCAAGUGGACAACAUCGGGGUAAUCAGUUCAAAGGAGAAAGUCACUCCCCGAGGUAUAUCUGUAGCAUACCUGGUUUGCCUGGGCCUCCUGGUCCCCCAGGAGCUAAUGGAUCACCUGGGCCCCACGGUCGUAUUGGCCUUCCAGGAAGAGAUGGUAGAGAUGGCAGGAAAGGUGAAAAAGGUGAAAAGGGGACUGCAGGUUUAAGAGGAAAAGCUGGACCAAUAGGACCAGCUGGAGAGAAAGGAGACCAAGGAGAGACUGGUAAAAAAGGACCUACGGGACCAGGUGGAGACAAAGGAGAUGUAGGUCCAAUUGGACUUCCUGGACCAAAGGGAGAUCGAGGAGAUCAAGGUGAUCGAGGGGCACCUGGUGUCUGCAGGUGUGGGAGCAUAGUGCUCAAAUCUGCUUUUUCUGUUGGCAUUACCACCAGUUACCCAGAAGAAAGAUUACCCAUUGUGUUCAACAAGGUCCUUUUCAAUGAAGGGGAGCACUACAAUCCCUCAACAGGAAAGUUCAUAUGUGCAUUUCCAGGAAUCUAUUAUUUCUCUUAUGAUAUCACAUUAGCCAAUAAACAUCUGGCAAUUGGGCUGGUACACAAUGGGCAAUUCAAGAUAAAAACUUUUGAUGCUAACACAGGGAACCAUGAUGUGGCCUCUGGAUCCACAGUGAUCUACCUUCAACCAGAAGAUGAGGUAUGGCUUGAGAUCUUCUUCACAGACCAAAAUGGCCUUUUCUCAGAUCCAAGUUGGGCAGACAGUUUAUUUUCUGGAUUUCUCUUAUAUGUUGACACAGACUACCUUGACUCCUUAUCUGAAGAGGAUGAACUAUGAAAGUAGUUAACAAUCCAGAAAUUUCCCUCCCUCAUUAUACAGACUGACAUUGGAUCUGAUCUGGGAGCCAAAGAUGGCGGAUGGACCAGCACUGCUAUGAUCUGAAUUAACUGCCAGCCAGAUUCUAAAGGGAACGAUGGAUGUUUUCAACAGAAUCCAUUGAAGCAAGAUGCUGCACCAAACAGCUGGGACCACACAGAAUGAAUUAUGUAAAACAAUAACCCCAGAUAUGAAUUCCCUUGAAAGCAAUGUUCAUAAAUAUUUAAACAAAUUAAAGAUAAUGUCAACAAAUUUUAUAUUAAAUACAUUGAGUGAUAAAACCAGCUGGCAGUAGUAUUGUCUUAUUAAGCUUGUUGGAAUUACUUGUUUUUAUCAGUUAUUUAAAAGAAUCAUAACAUACAGUGUAAUGUCUUGGGUAAUUCUCAGAAGGAAAAAAAUGCAUGUCAAAAACAAAAGAUAAGAGACACGAAGCAUUUUCUGCAAUGCAAAGCAGCAAGUUAAAAACUGCUGGUACAGAGACUGCUGAGCUCUACUAUAAAGUCUAGUGGGAGGAAGAAUGUCUCACCAUUUUGUCUUCCCUCAUUUACCCCAACUAAAACCAGCAUCUCUACCUUGCAUGCAGUGAGGUAUUAGGAUCCGGGACUCAGGGGGAAGUAUGAUGAAUUUCCAAACUGCUUUGACAUGAAGUAGCCACUGCACCUGUUUUCCCUGAGAUUUCUUACAAAUAAAGGCAACCUUCCAACUUAGUAAUUCUUCCUCUGUGUUAACUUAGGUCUUCAACUCAACCCUAAGCAAAGUCUACCAGCUUAAUAAAAAUCCUCUAUCAGUCAUAUGCUUUUUUCCUUCUGCUCUUUUUUCACUGCCAGAAUCUCUCUCUACACCAUUCCCCUGCGAUCUCCAGCCAAUCGGGUCAAUAAUUUUCCACCACUACUCUCUUGGACCACAUUAAUGGAGUUUCCAUUUUUCCCCUCUUCUGGCAAUAUCUUGUGAUAUUCAGCUGCCUCACCUACUUCCCUUCUAUUCAUCAGUUCCA